CUGGUAUUUUGUCCACUCGCAGUACGCACGACUGGUGCCUCAAGGUACCGGUACUUUCAACCGGCAAAAAAAGCCACUUCCAGUAACGAGUUUGGUAAAAUUACUGGUCUAUCAUUUGAAGCACGUCGUCGGUGGUUAAUUCCAAAAACGUUCCCGGAACCUGAUAGGGUGCGGCGAGGUGCCCCAAGCCGCGGUCAUUCACACCACCACUAUGGGCAAGCGGUGGGCCCUGCACACCAGCACGAGCAAGUUCCAGAACAUGUCAACACUGACCGCGGUCCUGCUACUCCUGGCGACUAUGAAGGCCUGUGAAGCAGCAGCAGCAGCAGUCAAGACAGCUUGCCCCCAGAAGGGAAACUUCCAGGUCUGGGCCGACCUGACCUGGCAGCGCGGGGUCUCCGCCGUCAUCACCAACCUGACCGCACUCACGGCGGCCGAGGUGGCCUGCCGGUCUGACCCGAGUUGCGUGUCAUUCAAUAACCUUGGGCAGACCAUCCGCGGAGAAAUCGCGUCCCUGACAGCCCAGGUCGGGACCUGCACUUACAUUAAAGGAGUGUGCCCCCGGAGGACUGGCUACACGGCCUACAACCAUACAACGUUUUCCAUGCUCGAUGGAGUCGAAGGGGCGCGCAGAAUCAACGUCUCAUCUGCCGACGAAGUUCAGGACGUGUGCGACAAAGAUCCGAGUUGCCCGAGUUUCGCUGUGCUGGCGCCGUCGACCAACGGCAACCUCGCUGUUGCCGGGUUCUACGGCAGCAGUGGCCCCGUCCAGGCCUACUCCUUCCAGUAUAACACGUGUACAUAUGUGAAAGACGGCAUGCACGGCCACGCCUGCCCGCCCAAGAUUGGCUACACCAAUUUGCACCACACGACCGCUUCUGGUCCCAGCCCUGACUACUUUGCGUACGCCACGACCGGGUACCUGUCUGGUGUGAUGCCCCGAGGGGCUGCCGCCGCGGAGGAGGCUUGCCUGGCCAACAGCAAGUGCACCGCAUGGAGCACAGACGGCGACAUCUGGAUUGGAGGAGUCGUGAGCCUCAACCAGCGCGCCUUCUGCACGUGCACCUACGUCAAGGACGAUUGCCCGCUCAUGCCUGGCUUCACAGCAUACACGGACCUCAAGGACGCCACCACCAGUCCUGCUUCCCGCAACAUCACCCUGUCUCUGUCCGACACCCGUACGAGGUGCAUCCAGGACACCAACUGCAAGGGCUUCGACAUGUUGCGAAACUUCUGGACCUUGAACCUGAACCCUACCGCUUCGCAGGAAGGCAUGUGCACCUAUGUGCGUGCCGCUGGAUUUUAGUUAAAAUUUAAUAACUAGUGUUGUGAAUGAUGAAUGCGGCGAUUUUGAAUGAGGUAGUGGUGAAUGCAGCGGUGGUGCUGCUGCCUUACUUGCGUAACAAGAAUGUAAGAUGGAGCGACCU